UUAGUCCCUGCUAUGAUCCCGAUAAACAAGACGUUCCAGCUGGAUGGGUGAAGCACCAGAUUGACAGGCGGCUGGACGGACCGGACUUAUAAGGCGCGCCCCCUUUACCCUCACUCACGCGUUGCCGUCAACUUUGAACACACGACGCCCCCCGGCAGUCGUCAGUCGGCUGUGUUGGGGGAAGAAUGCGACAGGGCAAGUGGAUCUUGCAGCAGUUUUCGGGCCUGACAUCCGUUAACCAAACGCCUUCGGUCCCAUACCUUCCGCCCCGAAAUUCCCGGUCAGCCCCCACAAGCAAGCAGCCCGUCACAAGCCUUCCCUCCCCUCCACAUCCCCAUGCUGAUGGAUGCCCGGCUUUGCGGGCCACCCUGUCGCUAGUCAGAGGCCGGGAGUCAGUGUUCUUGGCUCAUUAUUCACCACCAUGUCCAGUGUGUCGGAGCAUUCGCGGCAAACAAGAUCAUCAUUGUCGGCCGAUCCGCAAAGAUUCAGCUGAGCAGUUCGCCACCAACACCCACGCGGACAGAAGACACCUCUCGGCCAUCUUUCAUCUUAUCUCCCGAGGUUGGAUGCUGCUGCUCCGGCCCUGGCUUGCGAUCACCCGCAACGGUACCGACGCAUCGAGUAGGGGUAUCAUCGUCCUGAUGAGAAAUAUGCAUGGAUCGCGAAUGCACGCCAUCUCAUGGCCUCCAUGCCAUUAUUUCUCACACAACCCAUCCACGAUUCUUCUAUACUUUGUUCACCUCGACGGACCUCAAUCUGUUUCUUUUCGAAACAUAUGUCUCUCCAUUUUCAACUAUGAUCAAUAUUUCUGCUGCUGCUAAUCACUGAGUUCUUUAUUCCCAUUGCACCAGGCUUUCUUGCUCAUGAGCACAGACCCAUCUGUCACUGGUUGUCGGCCCGUGACUCCCGUCCACGACACGCGCGGUUGUCCAUGAUGGAGACAGAUCCGACGGCCAAACUUGCCGCCUCGUCAAUGGCCAGAGACCCCUGGCUCGGCCUAUCUACUCCCAGGCAUAUGCAGCACCACAAGGAUGACCCUCUCGAUUGAGAAUUUGAACUCAAGGC